AUGAACACGGUCAACUGGGAACAGCUCACACUCGAUCGACCGACCUGGAGGAGGACAGUGAAGACAGGCGCUGCGAUAUACGCAGCCAGCGGCAUCGCUGCCCCCAAAGCGAAGCGCGAAGCCCGAAAAUCACAACAGCGCCCAGUACGCAACGCCGCUGCGCAAUCGCUUCCAACGUGCCUUCGAUGUCAACGGACAUUCCGGGCUCGAAUCGGACUUGUUGAACAUCUACGGAUCAACUGCGCCUCUCGAACUGCACCAAACAUCGUCCCCACGCCCGCCCCUUCCUCGUCCACUCCGUCGUCAACUAACUCUGAUAAUUCUUCUGAACCACCACUUCCAUCAUCCUCCUCCACCACCACUGCCCCAGCGACGGCCGUUCAGGCGGCCGUCUCGCACAUCACCAUCCCCGGCACAACAACCAACGCCACCCCCACCACCUCCGACUGCAGCGAUUGGGAUCAGGACUACACCUGCCCUCACUGCGACCGCACCUUCACCUCACACAUCGGCUUGGUCGGUCACUUGCAAAUCCAUCGCACAGAGACUGGCGCACCAGUGUCGGGAGCACCAACCUACACCCACCGCACUCGCCUCCACUGCCCUCGCACCUUCACGCAUCGCAUGGGUCUAUUCGGCCACAUGCGCAUCCACAAGAGCGGAAUCGACCGCAAUACCGGCCCAUCCAUGAUGCCAAACCCCACGCCCACUUCAUCACCCUGCGUCCCCACCGCCCUUCCCGCAACUGACACCGACACCAUCGGCCUGGUCGGUCACCUGCGAAUCCAUCGCAGACUGGCGAACCAGUGCCUGGAACACCAACCCAUACCCACCACGCUCAACUCGGCUGCCCGCACUGUCCUCGCACCUUCAGGCUUCGCAUGGGCCUAUUCAGCCACAUGCGCAUCCACUACGACCUGCGGUAGACAACCGCUGGCUACACCUCACACUCCCUACCUCCUCCACCACCAUCACCCCACCACACAUCAACACUCACCCACCGCAAGCACCCAACUGCUACCUCCCACGCAAGUAGGAAGUGUGCAUCUCGACUCGGUCCCCAUGCGGCUUCGGCUGCACGGGCGACUUAAGUCCGAGACUAUCCCGACACGUCAAGUGUUGUGGAUAGGAAGGUUGCUGAUUGACGCCUGCUCUCGGUUCACGCAGUUCGUCCCGUUGUGUAUGUGUUGUGUGGAAUGGCGGACUGGGCGGCGGGCUGAAACAGCACCUUCCACGGCAUUCUCACGCAAGUGA